ACAUAUUAUAAUUGUCAAAGACAAAAACCAAACUACUUUUAUUAUUGUCUGUUAAUUAAUUAUUGUUUAUUUGUUUUAAUAAAAGAAUUUUGUCAUAAAAUAGAAGCGAAUUCUCAUUGGUGGAGCCUUAGGAAACAAAAUAGUAAAAAGCAAACAACAGAGCUCACAGCCAACCCCAACUUCGUAUAUCUCUGUCCACUUGGCCACAAUCAUUCUAAAAUUCCACGUCAUCCAUUACGUCACUCCUCCCCCGACAAUCUGCUAAUUUCACUAUCCACGUGGCCUCAUCUUAACCGUCGAAAUCUCUCCCAUUUUCUUUAAGCUCUAAAAAAGUCUUAUAAGUUAGACCAUUUGGUUCCCAAUAUCGCCUUCUUCUUCUUUCUUACUCUCAGUUUCGCCAUUUUGUAUUUUUCUGAGCUCGUAUUCGCCAUAACUGAAAAGCAAGCGAUAUUUUACUGAAUUCACAGAAGGGAAAAGGGUUUGUUAUAUUUUCUCAAGGAAGGAAAAUUGGAGGGACGGAAACCAUGGGUAGUGUGGAGCUUAUUAAUUUCGAAGAGACCGAAUUACGCUUGGGUCUUCCCGGCGGGAAGGGAUGUGGUGAAGUCGCCGGAGGAGUGCCGGAGAUGGUCAAGAACAACGGGAUUAAGAGAGGGUUCUCUGAAACUGUUGAUUUGAAGCUUAAUCUUUCGUCUAAAGAUUCUGGGUCGUUGGAUCAAGUUGAUAACAAGAAAGAAAAAGUUACUACUGUUGCUACAACUGCUGAUAUUGCUUCUCCUUCUGCCGAUACUGCUAAGCCUCCUGCCAAGGCACAAGUUGUGGGUUGGCCACCCGUGAGAUCGUUCAGAAAGAACAUCAUUUCAGCACAAAAGAACACAGAGGAAUCUUCAAAGGCAGGCACAGGCAACAGUGCAGCAUUUGUAAAAGUUAGCAUGGACGGUGCACCCUACUUACGUAAAGUGGACCUCAAAUUGUACCAAAGUUACCAAGAACUUUCUGAUGCUUUAGGCAAAAUGUUCAGCUCUUUCACCAUUGGUAACUGUGGUUCACAAGGCAUGAAGGAUUUCAUGAACGAGAGCAAAUUGAUAGAUCUUUUAAAUGGUUCUGACUAUGUACCAACCUAUGAGGACAAAGAUGGAGACUGGAUGCUUGUUGGUGAUGUUCCAUGGGAAAUGUUUGUUGACUCAUGCAAACGAUUGAGGAUAAUGAAGGGAUCUGAGGCCAUCGGACUUGCACCAAGAGCAGUGGAGAAGUGCAAGAACAGAGCUUGAAACCAUUUUUUCAUGUUGAACUCAAUCCAAUCCUAAGUCCAACACGAUCAAAUGGAAUCAAACCGGCUCGAAUGGGAUCGAGCACGGAGUUUGAAUGCGUCUUAAUUGUACCAUGUUUUUUUUUCUUCUUUCUUUCUUUCUGUUUUUUGAAGCUUAAUAUGUUCAAAUUAUAUGAGAGAAAUGUUUCGGAAGUUUCUUAGAGACAAGGAGUAAUAAUAUAGAAGAUGUUCAUAUUACCUUGCUCUUGAUCAUGUGUAAUUUUCUUCUUCUUCUUUCUUUUUUACUUUUCUUUUUUUUUUUGGUAUGGAUUUGUCUAAUAAUAAUUGUCAAUGUGUUAGUUGUCAUUGGGUGCUUUUUGUUCCCCAUAAAUUCUUUUAUAUGGUAUGUAUUAUUUUAUGUGGUGUAUAUUAUAUGGAUGAGAUUCUUUGUAUCGUGCA